AUGGCACAAGGAAUUUGUGAAGGGAUUUGGUUACAAAGAAUAUUGUCAGAAUUAAAGGUUCCCUUAGAGCAUCCUAUGGAAUUAUAUUGUGACAAUCAAGCCGCCAUCAGUAUAGCCAAGAAUCCAGUUCAUCAUGAUCGAACUAAGCAUGUGGAGAUAGAUCAAAAUUUUAUCAAAGAAAAGAUUGAAGAAGGAAUUUUUAAGAUGGGAUGGGUGAUGAACGAAGUUCUACGGCUAUAUUCACCGGCACCAAAUGCGCAAAGGCAAGCGCGCCAAGAUAUUAAAGUUGAUGACGUGGUGGUUCCCAAAGGAACCAAUUUGUGGAUUGAUGUGGUGGCCAUGCAUCAUGAUCCCGCUUUGUGGGGCGAUGACGUGAAUGAGUUCAAGCCAGAGAGGUUUAGGGACGAUCCAUUAUACGGUGGGUGCAAACACAAGAUGGGUUUUUUGCCUUUUGGUUUUGGAGGGAGAAUGUGUGUUGCUCGGAACUUGGCCAUGAUGGAGUAUAAGGCUGUUUUAACCAAAAUUCUAUCGAGGUUUUCUGUGAAGCUCUCCCCAAAUUAUCACCAUGCGCCUUCGAUUGUGCUAUCUCUUAGACCGACCCAUGGGUUGCCCCUCAUAGUUGAACCCCUGUAA